AUGCCUCCUAAGAAGUGGGGUGAGUUGCUCAAAGCCGUUGUCCCGCACACGCACACAUUUUUCGAGGGCAAAAUGUCGCGAUAUCUGGCCACGCUGGAAACUGCGAUCAUGACCGCCGAUAUGCCUCGGGACUCAACCGCGACCGAAGAGAGCGGCGACGAGAGCUCCGGCCCUAACUCUCCCCCUGUUGCUGCCCUGCGCCGCACCAAGUUCGACGACGAGGAAGACGACGACGACGUUCUUGACUCUUGGGACGCCGCCGAGGACUCCGAGGUCGAGCGCGAGAAGGCCAAGAAGGCCGAGGAGGCAAAGCUCAAGGCCGCCGAAGAAGCCAAGAAGAACAAGAAGUCUAAGGGCCAGCGCAUCGCCGAGAUCCAGGCCGAGCGUCAGCGCCGUGCCGCCGAGGAUGAUGAUUUCGAGGAGGAGACCGAGGCCGAGCGCCGUGAGCGUCUCCGCCGCACCGAGAAGGAGUCCGACAUGAAGCACGCCGAGGACCUCUUCGGUGAUAUCGGUGUCCCGGCCGGCCGCAAGGCCACCCUCGCCGGUACUGCCGUCCAGAUCGACCCCAACGACCCCACCAAGACGGCCAACAUCGCCGAGAUGCCUCUCUUCAACCCCAUGACCAAGACCCAGUUCGAGCACCUCCGCACCACGCUGACGCCCAUCCUCGCCAACAAUGCCAAGAAGGCGCACUACGGUCUCUUCAUGCAGGAGUUCACCAAGUCCUUGGCCAAGGAACUUCCUAGCGACCAGAUCAAGAAGAUCGCCUCGGCCCUCACCGCUCUCGGCAACGAGAAGAUGAAGGAGGAGAAGGCCGCCCAGGGUGGUAACAAGAAGAGCAAGGCCGCCAAGACCAAGGUCUCUGCUGUUGUGAGCCGUGCUCCCGCCGCCGAGACCGAGACAUACGAGGACGACGCCUUCGGAGACGUCCGGCCCCUCGCAUCUCUGCGGGCCGGCUCCGUGCCGUCAGAUCUGGCGCGCCUCCGCAUCGAGACUUGCAGCAGCAGCGACAUAACAUACCAUACGGACGUCGCUGCCGCGCACCCCGCUGCGUCAUUCGCAUGCGGGGAGCAAAGAGGGAGGGUUCGCAGGCUGUGA